AAUGCCUAUAACUUUUGAAGAAAAAGCCAUUGGUCCGAAUCCUUUUUAGCUUUUACAACCUCGAUAUCCUCUAUCGAUCGACGUAUGAAUGAAUGAAAGCGGAGGGGUAAAUGUCCAUAGGUUUCCUUGUAAGUGAUCCAUGGAUGUAUCGUGAUGGUCUCUUCUGUCGUGUUUUAUCGAUGGAUGGCGAUAAACCUAGACUAUUGUUUAUCUGGAUGAAGUUCUUAACGAGUAUCUUAAGGCAUUUGCACAUUAUUACGACGUAUUGCCAGUGUUGAGCUAAAAAUGCCCGCAUGAGAUAUUGUCGAAAAUAUAAAUUUUGUUUAAAGCAGACUUCGUUGUUUCCUUGUUUUUACAGGUCUACUUAGACAUGGACUGUGAUGUGAAACAUGAAGUUGCACGUAACUAUUCAUUGCAUGCACUCUGAAUCGAAUAUGCUGCACCCUGAUGUGAUAAUUUUUUGUUGUUCACAUCGUGUUCAUGAAUGGAUUUCAAAAACGAACAUUUUAUGUUUAAGCAUGAGCACAAGCUGUGGACACUACUAGCUUUCAAGCGUAGAUUUCGAAAAAAUGUUGUCACACGCAGUAUGAUGUGCCGAUUGAUUAUUUUGUAACAGAGAACCAACAAAGUUUUAUUACCUGCACACGUUUUGUGGAAGUACCUUCUCUUCUAUCAAAAGUCGAUUUUCCUAUUAAACUCAUCAAUAUAUAGCCAGAAUUCUUCACUAUCAGGAUUUGUGUCAUUCCAACAUCUACAACUCGCGAACACUUCAACAUUUUUAGUUAACAUUUUUCUCAUAAUCUAUUCAUAUAAUGAGGUUUAACCGAUGAAAUUCCACUACAAUUGCAUACACCUUGAAGCAAAUAAAAACAUAACGUAGAAUCGUGAGUAGGUAAGUUUGGCGAUAAAAUAGUGCACAAAGCAAUAAACUGUUCAGAUUUAACUUGAUCAGGUUAAAACGAAUUGAAGAGAAUCGGCAGUCGUAUGUAUCAUUUGAUACAAACUUACCGCUACCUCAAUUUUUAAAGCUUCUGGCGCUCAAAUAAAAUAUGAAAAACAGUGAAAUAAACUAUAAUCUAUUUUCUUUUUCUAUUUUUAUUUGUAUUUAAUGGUAUUUAAAUGUUUUUAUCGUAAAUAUUUUGUUUCGGCUCCAUUUUCUAAAAAUUACAAAGGUCUCGUCACUUAUACGAUCUCUCUUUCUAUCUCAAUGUCAGAGAAAAAGUCAAUCAGCAUUCACCAGACACAAAAUAGUGCAUGUUCUGAUAAAAAAUCAAAAGAUAAUAAUCAUGAUACAAAUGUUCCAGCAAAAUCUGAACACACUACAAACAGAGUAUCGAAGAGUAAUAAAAAUUUUCUUCCUAAUAUCACGACCACUUUAGAUCCAGAUUUAGCAUCGGUGAAGGCAACUACUAGUCGACAAUCGAUAUACACACUGAGUGCCAAAAUUGAUACGUCAAAAAUAAAACUUACACCUCAAGAACGUCGAUUGUUGAAUGUAACCGGAUAUAAAGAGGAAAAAAAUUUAAAAUUAAUGAAAUAUGUUUUCCUCUACUUUGCCAAUGAAAAUAAUAUGGAUAUUGAUUAUGAAAAUACCAAAUACCUUAAAGAUACAUUAGAUAGAACGAAAUUUGAAGAGGCAGCCCGAGAUAUUUGUCAUAGUUUAAGUAUGAAGCAUGUAACGCGUACAAAACUGAUUGAAUUUUUAACAAUUUUAAAGGAUGAUUUUCAACCAAAAGCCGAGCCACGUCCGAAUGAAACGAAACCGUUGACAGGAUCGCAUAGCAUAUCCUCGGAAUCUUUAUUACAAAUUCCAAAUAAUCGUGCAUUAAAUACCGACCAGGAUAUAGCCGAUCGUGUUGAUGAAUGUUUUAGAACGAAUAACAAUGCCGAAGAACUUGAUUUAAAUCAAGUUUUAGAUUAUUUUCUAGGUAAAAAUGAUAAAACUGUAAAAAGAACAAAAAGAAAUUGGACAAAACGGAUGAAACGUAUUCGACAUCGCGAAAGUCAACGACAGAAACACUAA